CAACCCUUUUCAAGAAAAGAAGAGGAAGAAGUUCUCCUCUGUUUUUAGCUAUGCAAGAAGCUCUACACUCUUCCAAUUACGAUGAGACCUCCAUGGACCAGGCUCUCCAUUUCACACAAUCCCUUCUAGAGCUAAGGGAUCUCAGGCGCCAAUUGUAUACUGCAGCCGAGAGUUUCGAAUCAUCUUUCUCUUUCUAUUCUCAUCAUGCCCAAGAUAGGGAAAUGGUGUUGGAAACUUUGAAGGCGUAUGUUUCCAAAGCUCUGGUUAACACUGUGGAUCACAUCGGCUCCCUAAUCAUCAAACUAAAUGACGCUAUUAGUGAAAAGCAACAUGAGCUUAUGGCUACACAGAUUCGGAUCGGUUGCUUGCAACAGGGGCUUUACACAUGUGGAGAAUACACAUGUAAUGAAGGACUCAAGGAGCAGGCUUUUUUCAAUUCCCAACAAGUGAGGUAUCAUAAACUUUACAUAAAGCCAGGAGCUCGAGCUAGGACGGUGGAAGGGUCAGCAUAUUUUGGCAGGAAAAAUAACUCAGUUUCUCUAGCCGAGGUCCUUGGAACAUUUUACAUACCAAAGAAGGCAGGAACAUGCACACGAAGAUUAUGCCCCCCUUCUCCUCAUGCUCUUGUUAGCCAUGGCCAUGAUGCUUACACAGUUGAUGUUGCAUCUUCAUUCAUGCUUAUGCGUGGGAUGAACUCCAAGCGUCUAUCGAAUUACUGCUGCAAUUUAUUUUGGACUCCAUGUACGAGCGAAGAAAAACCAGAAACAAAAAAUGACUGGUAUAUCUAGUACUUCUCAUUGGCAUCUAAGAAGCAAUCAAUGCUGGUGAAAUUGAAGACUGUAUAACUGAAGAAAAAAUCAAUUGUAAACUCUGAACCUGACUUUGUUAACAAAAUAAAAGAGGGAGUCCAUGUGAUACAAAAGCUUUUGUGGGUGAAACAAAAGUGGAAGAAGCUAAUUUUGCAAAAGUGAAAGUCCAGACUUGGGUUGGAAUUCUAAAGGUCCUGUGGCUGAGUAAAUGUCCAACUUGGGUGGAGUCAGACUGCCUGAAUUGGCCAACGAGUAAAAGAGGGAAUUGCUGUUCAAUUUUUAGGGUUAGCCAUCCGGAAAUGGCACUUUGUCUUCUCCGAGUGAAGUGUGUCCGAGCCCAA